UUCUUUUAAACAAAAAAGUCUUGGCUCUCCUCUCUUCCUUUGUGGCUCUCUUUCUUUUCUUCCCAAGCAAACAGAUUCAAUAAUAAACAUUUCCCCUCUCUUGUAUCUCCCAUGGAUUCAACGACGAAGCAAGUCUCGUUGGAGCUGUUUCCAUGGUUAAUUGUUCACAGCGAUGGAAGGUUAGAGAGACUAGCCGGAACCGAGGUUUGCCCUCCCGGUUUAGACCCAGAAACCGGUGUAGUAUCUAAAGAUAUCAUCAUCGAUCACAAAACCGGUUUAUCAGCCAGAAUCUACAGACCCGACCUGAUUCAACCCGGUCAGAAACUUCCUCUGGUGCUCUAUUUCCAUGGCGGCGCAUUUCUCAUCGCAUCUGCCUCCUUUCCCAGUUACCACACCAGCGUUAACAAACUCGUCGAUCAGGCUAACAUCAUCGCUGUCUCUGUUAAUUAUAGACUAGCACCAGAACAUCCACUUCCUACGGCUUACGAAGACUCAUGGAACGCGUUACAAGCGAUCCAAGCCGGGAACGAGCCAUGGAUCAACGACUACGUAGACUUCCACCGUUUCUUCCUAGUCGGAGACAGCGCCGGAGCCAACAUCUCUCACCACCUCGCCUUCCGAACCAAACAAUCAGACCACAUGACCCUGAAAAUCAAAGGCAUCGGAAUGAUCCACCCGUACUUUUGGGGAACCAAACCUAUCGGAUCAGAAGUCACCGACGAAGCAAGAAAACAAAUGGUGGACGGAUGGUGGAGGUUCGUGUGUCCGUCCGAGAAAGGAUCCGAUGACCCGUGGAUCAACCCGUUUGCUGACGGGUCACCGGAUCUUGAAGGGUUAGGGUGUGAGAGAGUGAUGGUUACGGUGGCGGAGAAAGAUAUAUUGAGAGAGAGAGGGAAAAUGUAUUACGAGAGGUUGGUGAAGAGCGAGUGGAGAGGAGAAGCAGAGAUUAUGGAGACGAAAGGGAAAGAUCAUGUGUUUCAUAUAUUUGAGCCUGAUUGUGAUGAAGCUAUGGAUAUGCUACGACGCUUGGCUUUGUUCAUUAACAAAGUCGAAGAUUAAAAUUUGUUUUUUGUGCGAUUUUUCUCUGUUUUAUUUGAUGGUUUUUUCGGAAAAUGAUUGUAAAAUCUGUUACAGCUUUGUUAAUAAUGUUUGUUUAUGUUCUCUUGAAUUUUGUGUUGUCCAUAACAAUUAUGUGAGGUUUUAAAGGGUUACUUCUCUUACAAG